AUGAUGUCAAGUUCAAACAACCCUGCUGGAAGCAGUAACUUCGGAGAUGAAACGAUGGCUAAAAUUAAAUCACCUCUUAGCCCAGAUUUAAUGAAUUCCAUGGAAUCAUCAUUAGGAUGUCCCCAGCUAAAUGAGGAUGAAUGCGUGACUCUUCUAGAUCUUCCUUGGGAGCAAGUGCUGGUCAAACAUAUGCUUGUUUACCUGAGCAUUGCUGAUUUGUUUCGAUUCAGGGCAGCUAGUUGUGGCUGCAGAGACCUUGUUCAUACCCACUUCCGUCUUCAAUUUCACAUAAACACUAGUAGUUUAGGGGAUCAUUUUACACCACAGGCAUUUAGAAUCAUGACACAGGACUGUACAAGUCUCAAGUCCAUAUCUGUUCGAGGAGCCAAGUCUUGGCUGACAAGCAGUGCAAUGCUGGAUGUUAUUUCUGCAAAUCCUCGCAUUGAAAAAAUUGACCUCACUGGAUGUUUAACUCUUUCUGGGGCAACCUUGUAUUCAAUUGGCGUCAACUGUUGCUAUAUCAAGCAUCUUUGUUUAAAAGACUGCGUGUGGUUGAGUGUUGACAAUUUUUUAUCCUUCCUGUGUAAUCAUCAUGACCUAGAAUACCUCGAUCUGUCUGGGUGCUGGAAUCUGGAUGAUGACCUUGUGAUCCAGCUUGUUCAAGUGUCACCAAGCAUAAGGCAUUUGCUUCUGGCCAACCUGUAUGGGUUAACUGACAGAGCAGUUGUAGCUGUGGCUCACUGCUGCCCCAAUUUGGUACAUCUGAGCAUCAGAGGAUGUUGGAGGGUGACUGACAGCUCUAUCAAGCUGCUAUCUCAGUACUGUCCAAAUCUGAAAGCAAUACAAGUCCAGGAAUGUAGAGACAUCACAGAGGACAGCCUAGGCUACCUGCGAAUGAAGAGAGUGAUGGUAGACAAAGCUCCACCCCCAGGAAACCAUCUGUACAGACUGGAGCAGCAGAUGAGCAACCUGCGCAGGCUAAACUUG